UGGCCGGCUGAUCAGAUUAGAGGUGUCAGGGUUGGUUAAUCUGUGAGGGACCGACCGACUGCCACUCAGGCUGCUUCUGCACACCGCUCCCAGUCAUCGGCGGCGGAGGGGAGCGGAGCCCAUUUGGCGUUGACGCGCGUCGGGGAAUUUCCCCCCCUUUUUUUUUUUUUUUUACAAUGGAUACCUGCAGGGUACGAGCCUGGGUGUUUCUGGUCCUCUUAUGGCAGGACGGGUCUUCAGCAUCGCAGUUCCCGACACAGCUCAUGAUUAAAGAAUGGGUUGAUCAAAUGCAGAAAGAGCUCGUCACCCUGGCAGACACAGCCACCGCUGGGAAGAGCCUCACUCAGAUUUUUCUGAGAAACCAACACCUGUACACCGUGGAGGAAAACGACGCAGAGGAGCUGGUGGCCAGAGCAGCCAGAAACAUUGAACAGCUGCUGCGGAAGAGGUCUGCUGCCUUGAAGAAACUGGCCACAGCUGCUGAGAAAUUCCAGAUGGAGCAUCAGUGGAAAGACGAGUUUGAGGAUGAUGAAAUCGCCUACUACAACGCAAAGGACAAUCUGGAUGCAAAUGAGACAGAGGGAAGAAAAUACAGGAUUCGACCAGACUUUAAAGAGGACCUGUCAUUUAAGCGUUUGACUGAUCAUAACCACACGGCUGUUCACAUCCCCACGGACAUCUAUGAUGGCUCCACCAUUGUGUUGAAUGAGCUGAACUGGACGGAGGCACUGGAGGACGUGUUUAGAAAGAACAGAGAGGAUGACCCCACCCUUCUCUGGCAGGUGUUUGGUAGCGCUACAGGCCUGGCUCGCUACUACCCAGCUUCUCCCUGGAUGGAUGCUCGUAAGACCCCCAGUAAAAUUGACCUGUAUGAUGUCCGCAGGAGGCCAUGGUAUAUCCAGGGAGCUGCCUCACCCAAAGAUAUGCUAAUCCUCGUAGAUGCGAGUGGGAGUGUGUCUGGCUUGACCCUCAAACUGAUCAGGACCUCUGUCAGUGAGAUGCUAGAGACACUGUCCGAUGAUGACUACGUCAAUGUAGUUUACUUUAACACCAGGGUGAAGAAGACGGCGUGUUUCGAUCAUCUGGUUCAAGCCAAUGUGAGGAACAAGAAGCUGCUGAAGGAUGCUGUGCAGAACAUCACAGCUAAAGGAAUUACAAACUACACAAAAGGCUUUGAAUUUGCUUUUGAGCAGCUCUCCGCGACCAAUGUGAGCAGAGCAAACUGCAACAAGAUCAUCAUGCUGUUCACUGAUGGAGGAGAGGAAAGAGCUCAGGCCAUACUGGAGAAAUACAAUGCUGACAAAAAGGUGAGGAUCUUCACCUUCUCAGUAGGACAACACAACUAUGAUAAAGGACCCAUUCAGUGGAUGGCCUGUUCCAACAAAGGUUACUUCUAUGAAAUUCCGUCCAUCGGAGCCAUCAGAAUAAACACGCAGGAAUACCUCGAUGUCCUGGGGAGACCCAUGGUUCUGGCAGACAAGCAGGCCAAACAAGUCCAAUGGACUAAUGUGUACCUUGAUGCUCUGGAACUGGGUCUGGUCAUCACUGGAACACUCCCUGUCUUCAAUAAAACCAAGACCAAAGAUGACAGGAAUGGCGAGCACCAGAAUCAGUUGAUUCUUGGCGUAAUGGGGAUUGAUGUGUCGUUGGAUGACAUCAAGAAGCUCACACCACGCUUCACCAUUGGUCCAAAUGGAUACUACUUUGCCAUUGAUCCCAAUGGAUACGUCCUGCUGCACCCCAAUCUUCAGCCAAAGAAUCCUAAAUUCCAGGAACCUGUUACCCUCGAUUUCCUGGAUGCUGAGCUGGAGAAUGACAUCAAGGUGGAGAUCAGGAGAAUGAUGAUUGAUGGUGAGACAGGCGAACGCACAAUUCACACUCUGGUGAAAACUCAGGAUGAGAGGUACAUUGAUAGAGGGGUCAGGACCUAUACAUGGGCACCAGUCAAUGAGACAGAUUACAGCCUGGCUCUUGUUCUGCCUAAAUACAGUGAACACUUCAUUCAAGCUAAGCUGGGAGAUGACAUGAAACAAGCCAUGUCUAUGGAGACAAUACAGCUGGAAAGGUUUGAUGAGUUUGGUUACACCUACAUCGCUCCAAGGGAGUACUGCAAAGAACUGAAGCUGUCGCUCAACAACACCCAGUUUCUCCUCGACUUCAACCAGUACAUUGAUAGGAACACUCCAGAUGCAUGUAAUGUGUCCCUUGUGAGUCGACUGAUCCUGGAUGCAGGUCUGACAGCUGAACUGGUUAAACUUUGGAACGAGCAGACAGUGGAUGGGAUAGUGGCCAGGUUUGUAGCCACAGAUGGAGGAAUCACAAGAGUCUACCCAAAAAGUGCUGGGGAAGAGUGGACUGAGAAUCCUGAGACAUAUGAGUCCAGCUUCUACAAGAGGACCCUGGACAAUGAAAUUUAUAUUUUCACAGCUCCAUCCUUCAACUCAGAGGGAAGGGAGCCUGUUUCUGAGUCAGGUAUUCUAGUGAGCAAAGCAGUGGACCUCACCAUUGACAAAGUCACACUCAAACCAGCAGUGGUGGGAGUGAAACUCAAUGUCUCGUUCUGGAUGAACACUUUUAUGAAUGCUACUCUGAAACUGAAUUGCAAAGAUGAAAUCUGUGGCUGCCUGAGGAAUGACAAGCAUGUGGACUGUGUGAUCCUGGAUGAUGGAGGAUUUCUACUCGUGUCCAAUCAGGAUGAGUAUAUCACCCUGAUAGGUCAGUUCUUUGGUGAGGUGGAUCCGGUGCUAAUGAUCAACCUGGUCAACACCUCGCUGUACUCCUUUAACAAGACCUAUGACUACCAGUCUGUCUGCGACCCAGAGAAAGACAGCAAGGCUGCAGCAGGGCCCCGCUCCGUCUAUGUGCCUACCAUUGCAGACUUGCUCAGUAUUGGCUGGUGGGCCUCCAGUGCUGCCUGGUCGAUACUCCAACAGCUCUUCUUUGGUCUCAUGUUCCCCAACCUACUAGAGGCAGUGGAGUCAGCAGACGAAGACAUACCAGAUGCCAUGUUUAAGGAAAGCUGUAUCACAGAGCAGACUCAGUACUUCUUUGACAACGAUGAAAGAUCCUACUCAGGUGUCCUGGACUGUGGAAACUGCUCCAGGAUGUAUCGUGCCGAGAAGCUGCCGAACACCAACCUGGUGUUCCUGAUCACUGAUGCCAAGGCAACAUGUUUGUCGUGUGACCCGAGACCGCUAAGACAGGCCGAGCAACCCUCUGAAGGUCCGGAUCCAUGCGAGCUGGCUCAGAACCCCAGAUACCGCAAAGGGCCAGACGUGUGUUUUGACAACAAUGAAAAUGAUGAGCCCUUGUGUCCAAUCAGCAGAGGUUCUGCACUGAGCUCCACACCGCUCUUCUUGUUUCUGCUGCUGAGUUCAGGGAAGAUGAUUCUGAUUGUGGAGGAGGGACCUGCCUAAGCCCGUGUCUUUGGCCAGUGCUCGGGCUCCAACUGCUGCUGCUUUGGCUCAACACACAGUCACAACACUCAUGACCCCUACACAGACAUUCAUACACUUACACACUGAUCAUCAUCUAAUUUCAGGAGAGGCCCGAAGACAGUCCAGUUAUGCCAUUCAUGAUGUAUGCAGAAUAUUUGCACCAAGACUUCUUUUUUUUUUCUUUUUUUAUUUCGGACAACCAGUAUCAGCAUUUCCAUUUUCAAAUGCCAAAGGGUGCUCAUUCAUUUCCUCUUUGUCAUUUUCAAAAAUAGAGACACAUUUACUGUGCUCAGCUGCACUCCUUAUCAUGAUAUACUCUUUAAUACUCUCCUAUGGUGCAAGAGUAAGAGCUAACCAAACCCUUUAAUUCUGCCUCAUUAGUUUCUCUGAUUUAUUUAGCAGAGGGUGAAGAGUUGUCCCACUAUGCCAACUUAAUACCAUUCAAAGACUGUAUGUUCACUGACAGCGUUGAUUUGUGUAGUUGUCGAUAUUGUUUGUUGCUUAUUAUAUUUAUUGCGUAUGAAUCAUUAUGCUGUAAUGAUUGUUUAUUUCAACAACCCGUGCAACUACAGUAUGAAGAAUAUCCCUUUUGUUUGAGUGUUUUUGAAAUGUACUGUACCUAUCUACUAAUCUAUUUCAUUUUUUUGUACUCCAAAUCAACUAGCUAGGUGUUGUAUUGUAGCAGCAUGUGCUCAGUACAGAGCUAAAGACAACACCAAUACUAUGACACCAAAGCUCCACACAGUACCAAGGACCAGAGACUACAGAGAAUCUACAGGCUAGUUUAUUUUAGGAGAUUCCUCAGAUGUGGGUGUACGUCAGUAUUCAAGUUAAAAUGUUACCUAGAUAGAUAGAUACCUUAGAUACCUCACUGGGAAAUAAGUGAGGUCAGAGAGCACCCAUGUAAAUCAAAAUCUAUUAGGAUAUUACAAAAUCACAUAUGUAUUGUUCUUGGUCUGACAGCUUUGGUGGUCUUCAAUUUGAUGCAUCAAAUUCCCAGUGCCUAAAUAGUAGCUCAAACAGUCUGUUAUUUUAAUGAAGCAAUGCAUCAGAGUUGUAUUCUUAGCAUGUGUGCUUCUAUGCUAAUGAUUGCUGUAACAGAGCAGAGAGGGCAGCCCUUAAAGUAAUUUGUUGUGAAAUGGGCCAAAUUUGCUACAGUUGUUCUAAUUUAUGUGGCCCGGAAAACCGUCACAACAACCAGUGAUUUAGAUUAUGGAAGAGGAAUACCAUUUUCCUCCAUGGUCAAUGUCUCAACAAACCUAAACCAGACUUGAGCUUGUGUUCGAACACCUCUCUUUAUUAGUCCUGUUUCUGUUCCCUUUCUGGAUCACCAGACUCAGGAGCCAAGAUGACUUGUGAAUGAGAUCAGCAUAUCAAAAUGACUGUUUUCUUUGCUUUCUUCCCCUUGCUGUUCUCCUCCUUAUGCUUGUUUCCUCUUUGCGUUGCUCUAUAAGUGCUGUGAAGCAGAUGCUGAAAAGCUCAGUGUCGAAACGCUGCAAUGUCAUGGGAUGAGCUUGUUCUGUGUUUGAACGCUGUCUAUGCUCAUGGUCAGCAUCAGGGCCUGCUGGAGAGAACUUUGAGAAUACACUACUACCAGAAGUAAUUUUGCAGAGCCUUACUUUACCAUGAGUCAUAAAGAUCACACAUAAGUGUUUUAAUUUUCCUUUUUCCUUUUUUUUUUGCUAUUUUACCAAUUAAAGUUGAGUUCUCUCCACCUCGCCUUCAUGGUGACCUGCUGGUAUUGAGUGGUCAGGUUAUGCCUGUCUAUCAAAGUUACGUGUUGACUCGUGUUUUAUCCCGGGGGUCCCGUGUCUAUGUGCAGGCAUGUGCGUGUCCCUCCGAUAUCUGAUUGUGCUUUAAUACUGUACAUGAAUUACUCUUUUGUGGAACUUGACUAGCCUGAAUAAAUUUUGUAUACAUUUGUACACUAAUACUAUUUACUGUAUAAAAGAGAAAAUGAAAAGAAAGAAAAAUGUUUAUAAUAUUGUGUUGAUUAUUGUGCAAAUAUAAUAU